AUGGAAUAGACACUCAAGAAGAUAAGUAAUAAGAUAUUUGAAUACUAGUUGAAUAUUUAAAAGCUAAAUUUGAUGUAAGAUGAUUGAAGAUAUGAUAUAGAGGUCUUAUUAGGGGAUCUUGAGAUUUGAAAUAUAUAUUUUAUAUUAAUGAACUCUAAUUAAGCAUUUUCAGAGACUACUAGUAAUGGUAAAAGUUUAAGAUUGAACACUUCAAUUUCAAAACACGAUUCGAAUUGGUAUGUUUAUAAAAUAAUGUUAGCACUAAUAUGCCUGGAUCAAGCAGCAAAGCAUCAUCGAGGACGAUUAAAAAGAAAACAAAUAGGUAGUUAAAGAAUUAUAAAUUAGUGAUUUUUAGUCAAUGUAAUAAACAUUGGGAUAAGGCUCUUUUGGUUGGGUGACUUUAGUGAAGGAAAUAUAGAGUGGAAAAUUAUUUGCUAUGAAAGCAGUAUGUUUGAAUAAUUAAUGAUGAUAGAUGAAGAAGGAAGAACUAUUUAAAUAUUGUACAAUUGAUAAUUUGAAAAGGGAAAUAAAAAUUUAACGUAAAUUGAAUCAUCCUAAUAUUAUUAAAUUGGAUAGUUAUUUUGAAGAUAAGGUAUUAUAAAUAAAUUUAUAAAUAAAGACUAAUGUGUACCUUAUUCUGGAAUAUGCAGAAGGAGGAUCUCUAUUUAAAAAGAUUAAAAAGCAACGUCAUUUAUCUGAAGAUGAAGCCUUUCAUUAUUUGUAUUAGACUUGUCUUGGUAUAGAGUACUUACAUAAGAUGAAGAUAAUCCAUAGAGAUAUCAAGGUUUAAUUAAGUUUUUAUAAAUAGCCAGAGAAUUUACUAUUAGAUACAAAGGGGAAUAUUAAGAUAUGUGAUUUUGGAUGGUCCACUGAAAUGGAAAAUUUGAAGAAGGCCUUUUGUGGAACUGUUGAAUAUAUGGCACCAGAAAUGAUUAAAUCCUAAAGUACUAAUUACAAAUUGGAUAUUUGGUGUUUAGGUGUUCUUCUAUAUGAAAUGGUUUAAGGUAAGCCUCCUUUUACAGGAAAAAAUGAUUAGGAAAAAUGUGUCGCAAUUCUAUCAGGAAAAUAGUUGAAAUAUGAAGAGUUUGUGAGUGAAGAUUGUAAAUCUUUGAUAGCUAUGAUUCUUCAACCUAAUCCAUUUAAUAGACCUUCUAUUUAGGGUAUUCUCAAUCAUAAAUGGAUGCUAUCUAAAUCAAAAUAAUAAUCUAACAAUGAUCUCUUCUAUCCAAGAAAUAUCUCAAUGAUCAUAGACGAUUAAAAUCAUUCUCCACUUAAAUCUUGUUAAACUGUUGUUUCUGAAAGGAAAACCACUAAUAAAGAAUUCGAAGAGAUUUAAUAAAAAUCUCAACAUUUUGUAUUCCAUUAAACUUAACACUAAAACGAGCAACCUUAAUAAACUUUCUUUAGGAGAGUUCUGAUUUCUCUUGGUUGUAUUAAUCGUUGA